AUGCCAUCCUCGUGUAAAGACAUCCGUGACGCGCUGGCCCAAUGCCUCCAGAACAGCGACUGCAUCCUCGUCCAGCGACACACCCCCCUCCAAUGCCUCUCCCACCCGCUGCUCGAGACCCUCCCGGAGCAGUGCCAACAGCUCAAGAUCGGGUUCCGCGAAUGCCGGCGCGGACUGGUGGACAUGAGGAAACGAUUCCGGGGCAACGCGCCCAUCUCCACGAGCCUGGAACUCGAGGGUGGCGACGGGAGUGGGAGGAAGGUCGAGGGCGCGCCGGGCGGGGGGCUCAAGGGCCAGCUGUACGCUGGACGGCCGGCAUUCGAUGUCCGCGAGCAGAUGGGCAAGGGCCAGAAAGGGGAGGUCGAGGGACUGGGGUUUGACGAGAGCAAGACGAGGGGGCUGUAA